UAUAGUUUUUUAUCAUGAAAUAUUUGGGUAUACAUCAUAUACGAUUUGCUGUUGACAAUCCAGAACAGUUUUCUAGAUUUUUGAUUCAACAUUUUGGAUUUCAAUAUUUUGCACAUCGUCUGAACAAUCCAUCAGCGCAGUCCUCUAUAGCAGUCAAACAUCACAGUGUUGUGUUUGUGAUUGACAAACGAAAUCAUGACAACACAGUAUUAGAGGUGAACGGGAAUUUACCAAACUUAUUUUUAAAUGGAAAUGUGAAUUAUCCAGUAGACACUGUUUGCGAUGCUUGUUUUCAAUGCAAUAAUAUUGAUGAAAUUCUUGAACGAGUGAAAACGACACAGAAAGGAUCUUGUGUAAUCCGAUCAAAGGUAGAAGACCUCAAUGGCACAGUCUCCUAUGCAGUUAUUCAGUCACCUUUUGGAAAUUUACAACAUACAUUAGUAGACUUAUCAAAUUAUUCUGGAAAGUUUUUACCUGGUUUCCAAAUAAAUCACAAUUAUGUCAACUCGAAUCAUCAUUAUGUGGAAUGCAUUGAUCAUCUUGCAUACAUGGUACCAACGGGACUUGCGGAUUCUGCCAUAGACUGGUACAACUUCGUGUUUGAGUUUGAAAGACUCUUCAUCAACAAGAAUGAUGAGGUUAAUGAAGGGUUCAAAGUUGAACAUGGACCAAUGGGAAUGAGGUUAAAAGCAAUUCAUGGAAUUGAUCAGUUUGCACCAAAAUGUACAGGUGAUUUCUCUUCAGACAUGUAUAUAGCGCCCGUUAAAUUCGUAUUUGGUGAACCACUUAGCUCCUCAACUAGUGAUCAAAUAUCAACAUUUUUAGAAGAACACAGAGGUAUGGGCAUUCAACAUAUUGGGCUCGGAACUAGGAAUAUUUUAGAAGCAGUCAACCACUUCAAGCAACUUGGAGCUAGUUUUGUUGCACCACCCAUUGAAUAUUAUCACGAUAUGAAUAGAAUUGAAGAAAUAGAAGAUUUAAAUAUAACAACAGACCAGCUGAUGAAAUCUGGAAUAUUAGUGGAAUCAAGUGACUCUGACAAUACAGAGGUAUUACUGCCACCUGAUGUGAAUAGCUGGUACAUUAUGCAAGUCUUCACAAAGAAUCUCUUUAAAGAACAGACAUUUUUUCUUGAACUAAUUCAGCGACAUCGCACCCAAGGUGGAUUUGGAGCUGGAAAUAUCAAAGCACUGUGGAGUGGUGUGCAAGCGCAUUUAGAAAAAGUUAAGGAGUUAGAAAAUUGAAGUUUUCUGUAUCGUAGAUAUUUAUUCGAAGUUAUAAAGUGCCACAAUGUGCUUAUCAUUUUGUAUUUAAAACCUCUAUAAUUAAAAGUAAUUGCUAGUUCAUACAUAUUGUUUCUUUAAAAUUGUUAAUUUGUUCCACUGAGGACACCUCAAAUCGUUAGCAAAACAAAAGUUCAUUCUCAAUUUGUUCCGUUCAUACUCGUAUCUCACUUCGACCUAAAUUGCUUCUCAAAGGUUGAUUUUUCUAUCGAUAUUUGUAACUUUUAUAACUAUGACCAAUGCACAACGGAUCUGCUCAGUGACUAGAAUCCUUCAUAUUUAUCCCGUGGAGAAGUUUUCCGUAGUUGAAGUUUCUAGGUGCAUUAACUUCCAGAACAGUCAACUACAAAAUAUAUAUUUAUGCUGCAGUUCUUUUCUUUCAAAUAUACACAAAGAUCGCCUGUUUUGUUACCGUUUCAGACUGCUCUUACGUAUAUGCUGUAUGUUCUGAUCGAGGUACAGUCGAAAUAAACUAAAUUAAGAAUUUCUA